AUGUACACACUCUCUAAGCUCUUGCUAGCCGCUCUCUCAUUGACCACCCUGGUUGGUGCUCACCAUCCGUCGCGCGCGCACUCGCGUCACCGCCAUGCUGCUGUCCGUAGCCAGUCUACCAGCAAAGUCUAUACCAUCCAAGACUUAUACCAGGGGGAGGAUUUCAUCAAUGAUUGGGACUUUUUCACUGGUUCGGACCCCACCAGUGGCAAUGUCAAAUACCAAAGCAAAUCGAACGCACAGUCUAAAGGGCUUGCAUACGUCAAUGACUGUGAUAAUUCGACAGUUCUUGCAGUGGACUCAACCAGCACUGUUUCUCCCGGUGGCCAACGUGACUCUGUUCGUAUCACAUCUCAAAAGAGCUACAACGGUGGUCUUUUUGUCAUUGAUGCCUCGAACAUGCCUGUCGGCUGUUCUACAUGGCCCAGUUUCUGGACCGUUGGCCCGAACUGGCCCUCGGCGGGUGAAAUCGAUAUUGUCGAGGGUGUGAAUAACCAGGCGACAAACCAAAUGACCCUUCAUAGUGGCACGGGUCAAAGUUGUACUAUCGGAAAGUCAACUAGUAGUGCCGGUCUGUUUACUGGCCAGGUCCUUGGGACCAACUGUUACAGCACCGAUAAUGCGGACGCAGGCUGCGGCGUUGAGGACACAGACCCAAGGUCUUUUGGAUAUGGCUUCAACGGUGCGGGGGGUGGUGUCUUUGCGCUUCUGUGGGACACUUCUUCUGGCAUGUCAGUGUGGCAUUUCGCUCGUGGUGAAAUUCCUGCGGAUCUUACGGCGCACGCGCCCAAUCCUUCCACUUGGAGUGCUCCAGCUGGUUUCUGGUCUGCACAAAGUUGUGACAUAUCAGCCAACUUCCACGACCAUCAGAUGGUCAUCGAUACUACCAUCUGCGGCAAUUGGGCAGGCGGUGCCUACUCCAGUUCUGGAUGCCCAGGAACGUGUUCGGAUAUGGUCGCCAAUGCUACCAACUAUGUCGAUGCCCAGUGGGUAAUCAACUACGUUGCCGUCUACAACUGA